GUGGGUUGGAGAGGGCCUUUAGGGUCAAAGGUCGGCCGCGGUGGGGCAGGGGGAGACGGGAGAGACCGGAGAGGCUGCGCAUAACGCCCAUGUAGAGGUUGGAGUGGUCCGAGCACUUCCCAUAUGUGAUACUCUCGAAAUCCUUAUAACAGCCUUGCAAGGUUUUCCAAGAUGACGCAGUUCCUGCCCCCUAACUUGUUGGCACUAUUUGCCCCCCGUGAUCCUAUACCUUAUCUGCCUCCUUUGGAGAAACUACCCCAUGAGAAGCACCAUAACCAACCCUACAGUGGCAUUGCCCCCUACAUCCGAGAAUUUGAGGACCCGCGUGAUGCUCCCCCACCCACUCGUGCAGAGACACGGGAGGAACGGAUGGAACGAAAGAGGCGAGAGAAGAUUGAGCGCCGGCAGCAAGAAGUUGAAAGUGAACUGAAGAUGUGGGACCCUCACAACGAUCCAAAUGCUCAAGGAGAUGCUUUUAAGACACUGUUCGUAGCCAGAGUUAACUACGAUACAACAGAAUCCAAGCUGAGGCGAGAAUUUGAAGUCUAUGGUCCUAUCAAAAGAAUCUACAUGGUGUACAAUAAGCGUUCCAGCAAGCCACGUGGCUACGCCUUCAUUGAGUAUGAACAUGAGCGUGACAUGCAUUCGGCAUACAAACACGCCGAUGGGAAAAAAAUUGAUGGCCGACGUGUGCUGGUGGAUGUAGAAAGAGGCCGGACGGUGAAGGGAUGGCGCCCACGCAGACUUGGUGGCGGUCUUGGUGGCACCCGGCGGGGUGGUGCUGAUGUCAAUAUCAGACACUCAGGCCGGGAUGACACUUCCCGAUAUGAUGAAAGGGAUCGGGACCGUGAACGAGAGCGUGAUCGCCGAGACCGCAGCCGAGACCGGGACAAGGAGCGGGAACGCCGUCGCAGCCGAUCUCGGGAGCGUCGACGGCGAACUCGGAGUCAAGAGAAGGAUGAACGGAAACGCAGCCGGGAGCGCAGCAAGGAUAAAGACCGGGAACGCAAGCGGCGUAGCCGUUCCAGGGACCGCAAGCGGGACCGUGACCGUGACAGAGACAAGAAAGAAGAGUUGCCAGAAGUGGGUGACGCCCAGCCUGAUGAGGCCACCCUUGGCGAGAUGGGAGUAGAUGGGCUGGAGGUGAAACCCGAAGGGGAAGAGAAGGCUAGAGACAGGGACCGGGACAGAGACAGGGAAAGAGAGAGGGAUCGGCGGCGCAGUCAUCGUGAGAAAGACCGAGACAGGGAUCGUGACAGAGAGCGUCGUCGUGAUAGGGAUCGAGAUAGGGACCGUGAUCGUGAGCACAAGCGUGAUAGAGGUGAGCGGGGUGGGGGGGAUAAGCGGGAGGACAGGGGACAGGACAAUGGCAUGGGAGAGCCCCUGGAGGAAACCAGCCAGGAUAUGUUCCUGGACCAAGAAUCCAUGCAGUCUGCUGAUGGCUACUUGUCUACCGAGAAUGGAUACAUGAUGGAGCCCCCAAUGGAGUGAUGACUGGACAUGCUUCUUUGCCCCACACUGUCCAGCCAGGUGAGGCUCUGCCUCCCGGGUUGCCUAACUGACGAGGCCCCGGUCAGCCAGUUGAGAUAACUGAAUUUUACUGGCUUUGUUUAGAAGGGUAAGUCUGUUUUCAGUUUUGCCUGUCCUACCCCAUCUCCUUUUAACAUGUAAUCUUCCACCAAUCCCUUGUGUAUUUGGAUUUUUUUUUCUUUAAACAAGAAUAAAGUGGUGUUAAUGUUCUCUC